UUGCUGAGCUAAUACAAGGGCGAGGCUGGGAACCGGGAGACGCCGCAGCCAUGGAGGAGUUUAAUCCCCGUAACGACGAGAUGAUCUUUAACACUGAAGAAGCCCACAAUAUUAUUAAAGAUUGCAUAGAAGGUGUUCUGGGCAAGGCAGAUUAUAACCAUGACAAUGUGAAUAAAUGGACUGCAGCUGUAGUAGAACAGUCUCUAACAAAUCUAGUAAAACUGGGAAAAACAUAUAAGUAUAUUGUGACCUGUGCUGUGAUGCAGAAGUGUGGAGCUGGUCUGCAUACUGCAAGCUCAUGUUUUUGGGAUACCACAACUGAUGGUACUUGCACAGUCAGAUGGGAAAACAGAACAAUGAACUGUGUGGUUAGUGUCUUUGCUGUGGCCAUAAACUUGUAGCAAAAAAUUAAAGAUUGUAAACUGGAUAAAAUAAGUUAUCCCAAAGCCUUUUAAAUUAGAAAUUAUGAAAUACUCAGAAUGUACUGUAAGAAUUAUUAAAUAGAUAUUAUUAAGUCUGAGAAAAAAAGGAAAUGUGCUUUUAAAAAUGUUUCUGCAAAAAUGUUUAUAUUAUUCUAAAGCCUUUUUUCUGUCAGCUGGGAGAUGGCUAUAUAUGUAUAUGCUGAUUUUAAAAGGCAAACAUUUGAGUACGCUAUAAUUGUAUGUUUUGUGUUUCUGUCCUACAAAAAAGAAUAAUACAAUUAUUCAAAAACAAAAACAUGCUGGAUUAUCACCAAUACUUCACAUGUAGGAAAUUAGGAGAAAUACUCGGAGAAUAAAUUAUUUAUAAUAUAUAAGAAGUUGACAUAUAUUUUGCUUGAGUGACAGAUCUUAGUGUUUUGGAACAAGAUUUUUAACCUGCUUCAGAAUUCUUUGAAACAUCUUUAUUUCUCAAAAUAAUGACUGAUAAGCUUCAGCUUGACUACAGAAAUCUAAUUUUGUGUAUUCCGAGACAAAUCUCUGAAACUGGCACAGAGAGAACUGAACUGGGUCUCUUGAGAACUGAAUGAGUGUCAUAGAAAGCACACCAUUGAAGGAUUCCAUGGUUGUGGUUUAAACUUAUAUGGAGAAAAGUUUCCACAAAACAGCAAGUUUCAAAACCUACUAUUUAGGUUUUGAAAACCUGUUUUAAAAAGUUAUGUAGUCAGAAGAUAUAUGCGGUAAAUGAACAGAACAAUGGUAAACAAAUUUUAAGAGGUUUGUUUUGUUACUUGUAGAAUGAAGAAUAUCCCCAAAACCAAUAUAUAUAUAUAUUCUUCUUUACAGGGCAUGAAUAUUUUAUAAGUGAAUGUAGUUUUCAUGCUGGAAUUCACCAUGAUGAAAUUCUUAGGACUUAUUUAUAAAAUUGAGAGAAUCUUGUAUAGUGUUGAUAUUGAUAAAUAGUGUACAGCAGCGGGGUGGGGGAGGAUGGUUUCUUGCCUGUGUGCCACUUUCACAAAUGCA